UUGAGAAUUCUUCUCUUACGGAUUCUCUCAAGGGUACUUGACGUUCUAUCUAUUCUAUUCCAGGUUGUUGAAGAUGGUUAUGAGUUCUUUGCUAAACGGCAAUUAGUAACGCUGUUCUCUGCGCCGAACUAUUGCGGUGAAUUCGACAAUGCUGGUGGUAUGAUGAGUGUAGAUGAGACGUUGAUGUGCAGCUUCCAGGUUCGUGGAAAUACUGUUAUCCUGGGUAUUCCUUCCAAAGGACUGUGAAU